GCUUCGCCCGGGACGUCGGGAGGACGAGCAGAAAACCCACCCGAAAUUUUCAUCAUUUUACUACAAUAUUAAUCGUUCUUUAUUAUUUACUGUUUACACUCUCAAUCUACUUUCAAUAAUUGCCCGAGCAACAAACACAUUACACGUCAGCUAUUUUUUAAAUUUUCAAAAAUUUUAUCCGUUUAAAUGCCACCGAAUUUUACGAAAAAAUAUGAAUUUUACUCGAAACUGAGGAUUAUGUGAUGUGGCAAGUGAGUGAUGACGUGAACCGGUUUUUAAAAAUUUAUUUUAAUUGGUAAUCGCAGUUGGAAGUCGCUGGGGUUGCUGAUAAUUGGAGUGAGUAUUGUAAUAAAUAAGUGUGCUGUAAUAAAUGUGCCGAAGGUGGUGCGCGCACUGAGAUGUUAGUCCAGCCAUGGUCCUGGUCGUUACCAUGAGGACAACUUCAUACGUCAACUAUUAUGUGCUUUGUCUUGUCUGUUGGAUAUUACUCGGUAUCACCGGAGUAAGCACGAGAUCUCACUCAUUGGUAAAAAGGUAUGCUGGUAUUUAUCAAGGUCCUUAUUUUGAUGAACACAGCUUGAAAAAUUAUACUGCCCAAUUGGGAACAAAUGCUUUUCUACCUUGUAAAGUACGCCAGCUUGGUAAUAAAUCGGUAUCAUGGAUCAGACGUCGAGACGCGCAUAUAUUAUCAGUCGAUAGAAUAAUGUUUAUAGCUGACGAGCGGUUCCAAACAAUAUACGCUGACGGUUCGGACACGUGGACUUUGAAAAUAAAUUAUGUCCAAGCCAGAGAUGAGGGGGAGUACGAGUGUCAGAUCUCGACGGAGCAAAAGAUGAGCCACGUCGUCUAUCUCAGUGUUAUCGUGCCAAAAGUAGAAAUCAUGGGUGACCAAGAGCGACAUGUGAAGACUGGCAGCACAGUGACAUUAAGGUGUGUGAUAAAACAAUCAGUAGAGCAGCCGUCAUACGUAUUUUGGUACCACGACGAGAUCCGUGUGCUGGGUGACCAGCGAGGAAAAGUGGAAGUUCACACGCCCAGUGGAACGGAAAAAAAAAAUUUCGACAGUGUGCUGACUAUUCACAACGCACGUCUUGAAGACUCGGGUAAUUACACUUGCACUCCCAGUCAAUUAGACAGCGCAAGUAUUCACCUCCAUGUACUCAACGGGGAGCAUCCAGCGGCAAUACAGAGAGGAAUUAGCGCCGCACCUGGUGGAUGUCGGGCUCUUUGGUGGCUCGCGGGCUGCGUGAGCUUGUCCUUUAAUCAGGGCAGACGCACACUUGUCCUCGUCGUCCUUAUUGUCAUGCUCCUUGUCACUUAUCAGAGAUCUAUUCGUCUGGCCUACACUGUCGCACGAUAAUAAUCCUCUUAAUAAUAAUAAUAAUAAUAAUAAAUUAUUAUUUAUUUAUUAAUCCACCACUCGCGGCAGUUUGAGUUGACAGGACACAGGACCCAGGACUUUAGAUCUCUGAUCGGUUUUUUAAAUUUAUUUUUUUGUCUGGCCGUUUUGUCGAUGGCUAUAGAAGACGCGGGUUUUUUAAAAUAAAUGAUUAGGACAAGAAAAAAAAUGAAAAAGUCUUCCUGAGAUAUUCGUGAGCGAACGACUCAAGCCAGCAUCGAUUUUACUAUUAGGCGCGCCACGCUUCCGUUCUCCGGGGCAUUUCAAUUCGUCUACACUUCCUCGAGGAAACUCACCCUCUUGCUCUCAUUGCCUACAAUUCAUCACUAUUUUACUUUUACAUAUGAAUUUAAUUUACAGUCUGAGCUGAUGUCGAUUACUAUUAUCAUUUAUAUGUAACGGGUUACAAAAAUAAUUAAAAGCCGAAAUCAAAAGUCGUUCGUCCAAAUGCUCUAUUAAAUAAAAAAUAAAAAAUUUUUAAUCAUUAAAUAAAUUUUUUAUAAUAAAUAUCGUUAAAGCCGGGGGCGCUUCAAAGUUUAUUAAAAUUUUUUCGUUAUCGCGUAUUAUUUUACGCAAAAUAAUUACAAGAUAAAUAAAAAAAUGAUAUGAGUUUUUUCCUCAACAAGAAUUGAAACUUGUUCGAUAAUUAUAAUAGAGACGAAAAAAUAUAAAAAGGAAUCGUAAACAAGAAUUAACGAUGUAUACACUCGACGUCCAUCGUGCCUGCUCAUCCUCUCGACAAUGUGGAGUCGAUAAAUGUUUACUAAAAAAUUAAAAAAAAAAAUAAUAAUAAUAAUAAUCAUUGACGUGAUAAAAAUAAACGUCAGGCACUCGAGAGCACCGGGAACGAAUGGUUCCGACAGUAAAAUUAAAAAUAUUUGCUGUCUCUCGCGUGUCUGAAAAUAGUUAAAAAAAAAAAAGAAAAUAAUAAUAAUAAUAAUAAUAAUAAUAAUAAUAAUAAAAAAUAAAAUAAAGUAAAUACCGCGACUCCAUAUCUUGAGAUAAUGAACGAAAACGUGGUCGCAGUAACAUUGAGCGUAUACAUCUCGAAAAAAAAGUGUAAUCUAAAUGGUUUUAGCUAAAAAGUAUUUAUCGAUACCGAUACGAGUGAAAUAUUGAAUUAAUUAUCGCCACGAAACGUACGCGCGAGACCGUCCUGAGUUGCGUAUUCGUAUUGUAUAUUUACACGAUACGAGUUUUUAUUUAAUAUUGCUGGCAGAGGCAAACAUAUUAAAACAAAACACAAAUAGUUAUACAACUAAAAUAAUAAUAAAAUAAAAAUAAAAAUAAAAAAAUAUACGCAUGCGAUAUGAUACGAAUAUAAACGCAAUAUUGAGAUAUAUAUAAAUGUAAACUGGAUAUAUAUGUUGAUAGUAGUUCCCCUUCGGCAAUUCAAACUGUGUGGGUUCUCUCUUUACUCUACAUUGAUAUAUGUAUUAUUAAUAAUAAUAAUAAUAAU